CCUGGGGUGAGUGGGCCUGGACUAGCCCUGAUGACCAGCCCUAAAACAACCUGGCUCCUAAUACGAGCCCAGGCUUCCUGCCCAGGGGCUCGGGGAAGGAGCUGGACUGGCUGGAAGGGAACCAGGCUGUGGCAUUCCUGCCAUCAAGCCGGUACUGAGCUUCAGCCAGAGGAUUGUCAACGGAGAGAAUGCAGUGCCGGGCUCCUGGCCCUGGCAGGUGUCCCUGCAGGACAGAAGUGGCUUCCACUUCUGUGGGGGUUCCCUCAUCAGCCAGUCCUGGGUGGUCACUGCUGCCCACUGCAAUGUCAGGUGAGUACUCCCACUCUACCUGCCCCUGAGCCCACCUCUCCCCACCUCCUUCCCCCGGAUGCCCCUCUCUUGUCACUCUGCUCUCCGUGCGGCUGCCCAACCCCACUCUCACUGCAGCCCUGGCCGCCACGUUGUUGUCCUGGGCGAGUACGACCGAUCAUCCAAAGCUGAGCCUUUGCAGGUCCUGUCCAUCUCAAAGGCCAUCACGCACCCUUCCUGGAACCCCACCACCCUAAACAAUGACCUGACACUACUGAAGCUUGCCUCCCCUGCCCAGUACACAAAACGCAUCUCACCAGUCUGCCUGGCUUCCCCAGAUGAGGCGCUGCCUGCGGGCCUCAAGUGCGCCACCACUGGCUGGGGACGCCUCAGAGGCGGGGGCAGUACGACCCCAGCACGCUUACAGCAGGUGGCUCUGCCUCUGGUCACCGUGAAUCAGUGCAGGAAGUACUGGGGCUCACGCAUCACUGACUCCAUGAUCUGUGCGGGCGGCGCAGGGGCCUCCUCAUGCCAGGUGAGCAUCAGCCCCCUGUUCUGUCCUCUGCACCGCCCUGUGGCACCCCCUCAUCCCCACGCUGACUACUCUCCUCUCCCUCCCUCAGGGAGACUCCGGAGGCCCUCUCGUCUGCCAGAAAGGGAACACAUGGGUGCUUAUUGGCAUCGUCUCAUGGGGUACCAGCAACUGCAACGUGCGCCAGCCUGCCAUAUACACUCGGGUUAGUAAGUUCAGCACCUGGAUCAACCGGGUCACAGCCUACAACUAAGCCUACCACAGGCCCUCUCCCCAUCUCAAUCCAAUAAAGACCCCAUGCUCUGUCCUCUUGUGUAUUCUUGUCUGUCCUUUCAAAGCAAAGGAGAGGCUCUCGGGAGUCUCCCUCCCCACUUGGGACUCUGACUUCUGGCA